AUGACGGGUGAUCGUGAACAGACCGGGGAGCCUAUUGCCAUUGUGGGAAGUGCUUGUCGCUUUCCAGGUGAUGCGACAACUCCCUCAAAGCUUUGGGACUUGCUCAAAGCACCUCGCGAUGUUCUCAGUGAGAUCCCGGACACUCGGUUCAGCACAAAAUCUUUCUUCCACCCUGACGGCCUCCACCAUGGUACAACAAAUGUUCGACACUCGUAUCUCUUGUCGGGUGAUCACCGAUUGUUUGACGCUCAGUUCUUCGGAACCAAACCAGUGGAAGCAAAUUCCAUUGACCCCCAGCAAAGAUUGCUGCUCGAAACCGUCUAUGAAGGCCUUGAGGCAGCUGGUAUCCCGAUGGAGACUCUCCAGGGGUCCGAUACUGCUGUCUAUGUUGGGCUCAUGACAAACGACUAUGCCGAUAUGCUUGGUCGAGAUGUUCAAAACUUCCCCACGUACUUUGCAUCGGGCACUGCUCGCAGCAUUCUAUCCAACCGAAUUUCCUACUUUUUUGACUGGCGUGGGCCGUCAAUGACAAUCGAUACAGCAUGUUCAUCGAGUCUCAUCGCGCUCCACCAAGCUGUGCAAAGCUUGCGCAGCGGCGAAACCAAUGUGGCAGUGGCGGCGGGAACCAAUCUUUUACUGGGACCCGAGCAGUACAUUGCAGAGAGCAAACUGAAGAUGCUUUCCCCAACUGGUCGCUCGCGCAUGUGGGAUAAGGGUGCCAAUGGUUACGCACGUGGUGAUGGCAUUGCUGCCGUUAUCCUCAAGCCUUUGAGCGCCGCACUAGCUGAUGGCGACCAUAUCGAGUGCAUUGUGAGGGAAACGGGCGCCAAUCAAGAUGGACGAACAAAGGGAAUCACCAUGCCUAAUCCAAUGGCUCAGGCGGAUCUCAUUAGAACGACUUACGCCCGGGCUGGACUUGACCUUUCGAAAAUAUGUGACCGACCGCAGUACUUCGAGGCCCAUGGAACUGGGACCCCGGCGGGUGACCCAGUCGAGGCUGAGGCGAUCAGCACUGCGUUCUUUGGACCGACCGCCAACUACGACCGCAAGGGUGAACAUGAGCAUCCUUUGUACGUUGGCUCAAUCAAGACUGUGAUUGGACAUACCGAGGGUACGGCCGGGCUUGCUGCUGUUCUCAAAGCGUCUCUUGCUUUACAGCAUGCAGUGAUCCCGCCCAACCUGCUUCUGAACGAAUUGAGCCCAACUGUGCGACCAUUUUACAACGAUCUUCAGAUCUUGAGCGAUGCCCAAGAAUGGCCCCCACUUCCAGAAAACACACCCCGUCGCGCGAGUGUCAAUAGUUUUGGAUUUGGUGGGGCCAAUGCUCAUGCAAUUCUGGAGGAAUUUAACCCACGUAUUCUACAACACAAGCCAAGAGGAGAGUACCAAGUUGUGGUCUCGCCGUUCAACUUCUCAGCAUCUUCGGAUAAGUCCUUGCUUGCAAAUGUUGCAGCAUAUUCAUCGUACUUGAACGAUCAUCCCCAUAUCAAUCUGCGGGAUCUGUCAUGGACCUUGAACUCGCGACGUUCAACAUUGCCGGUACGGCUGUCAAUCUCUGCCUCAACAACAGAUACCCUCAUCGCAAAAUUAGAUGAAGCAGUGCAGUCGUCGGCUGUCACACCAAGUGCACAAACGGCAAACAUCCGUUCGCCGAAGCUUCUAGGUGUAUUUACAGGACAGGGUGCACAAUGGGCUCGCAUGGGUGCCGAGCUACUCGAAAGUUCACCAGUAGUACGAGAUUGCAUUGUUAGGCUUGACCAGUCGUUGCAGGAGUUGCCCACUGAGCAUCGCCCACUCUGGUCUCUUCGGGAGGAACUCUUGAAAGACAAAGAAACAUCUCGCAUUGGGGAGGCGGCCUUUUCUCAGCCACUUUGCACCGCAGUUCAGGUCUCAUUAGUGCAACUUUUGACUGCAGCAAACCUCAGAUUCACCGCCGUCGUUGGUCAUUCAUCUGGUGAGAUUGCGGCUGCUUAUGCGGCUGGGUAUCUCAAUGAAGGAGACGCAAUCAGAAUCGCAUACUACCGUGGAUGGUCUCUUCAAUACGCAAAUGACACAGAGGGCCCGAAGGGUGCAAUGAUGGCUGCAGGUACCUCUUUUGAGGACGCCAAAGAACUUUGCGAAAUGUCAACACUUGAGAACAGGAUCUGUGUGGCUGCCAGCAAUUCCUCUGCCAGCGUCACACUCUCCGGUGACGCCGACGCGAUCGAUGAGGCUAGAGAGAUUCUAGAAGACGAGAAGAAGUUUGCACGUUUGCUGAAGGUUGACAAAGCUUACCAUUCGCAUCAUAUGCUGUCAUGCGCAGCGCCUUAUAUCGCCGCGAUAAAGAAGUGUGGGAUCACCAUUCAACCUCGUCCGAAGAAUAGCCCCACUUGGAUCUCUAGUGUGUACGGCGAAAACAUUGAGAACGUGAAUGAUAACCUUGCCGAUACAUACUGGAGCAACAACAUGAUCAACCCUGUCUUGUUUUCACAGGCUGUCACCUACGCUGUUGGUGCAGCUGGACCAUUUGACAUGUCGAUUGAAGUUGGACCCCACCCUGCUUUGAAAGGGCCUGCGUUACAGACAAUCUCAGAAGUUUCUGGCCAGACUUUGCCUUAUACUGGGACACUGAAAAGAGGUAAAAAUGACAGAGAGGCCUUCUCAUCCACACUCGGCGCUUUGUGGAUUGCGCUGGGAGAAGGUGUCGUGGAUUUCGCCGGGUUUGAGAGUAAAUCGAGCUACGCUACCCAACCACCGGAGCUGCUGAAAGGUCUCCCAUCCUACUCGUGGGAUCAUGAUCGUAUCUACUGGCAUGAAUCCCGAUCAUCCCUUACAUUCCGCACUGAAAGCGAAUCAUUCCACCCUUUGCUUGGCGUGAAGUGUCCAGAUGGAACGGACAAAGAGUUGCGCUGGCGUAACUAUCUACACCCCCGUGAGGUUUCCUGGCUAGCACAUCACCAAGUGCAAGGACAAAUGGUUUUCCCGGCAGCUGGAUACAUCUCUGCCGCGGUCGAGUCUGUCGUACAAAAGUACGGAUUGGAAACCUUACAUCUCAUUGACUUCCACGACAUUGUUAUCGGGCAGGCCUUGGUUCUCGAGGAAAAUGGCGGAGUGGAGACAGUCUUCAGACUCUCUAUCGAUCGAGUUGAGGGAGAUGUAGUGUUCGCAUCUUUUGCAUGUCAUUCGGACGCCAACAAAGGAUCAUCUACAAUGUCCUUGCAUGCAUCUGCAAAUCUCAAGAUUACCUUAGGCGAUCCCCAGAACAAUGUUCUCCCAGGACGAAGCGAACCCGAAGGACUGUUUCUUGAUUUGGAGACAGAUAGAUUCUACAACUCGGUCGGGGAGCUGGGCUUUGGAUAUACAGGUCCGUUCCAGGCCCUGUCAGAGCUGCGCAGGAAAAUGGACGAGGCAUCUGGGUUGAUUGCCGUUCCCGAAGCAGAUGAAACUGGUCAUUCGUUGAUCAUUCACCCUGCUUCUCUUGAUGGUGCCAUACAGUCUAUCAUGCUCGCGUACUCUUUCCCGGGCGAUGGACGUCUGCGCACUCUGUAUCUGCCAACGCGCAUAGACAGGCUCUGCUUGAACCCAUCGGCUUGUGCUGCCCUGGGUGCCCCAGGCGCCGGCCUUCCAUUCCAUUCUGUGGUUACCGAGGCCCGAUUUUCCGAACUGUCUGGCGACGUAGAUAUAUUCUCUUCGGAUGGAAUCAACACCUUGGUCCAACUUGAGGGGCUUCACACUACCCCACUUAAUCCAUUGACUUCUGCCAGCGAUGUACCUUUCUUCACGGAAGUGACGUGGGGAGUCGACGGGCCUAUGGAGGGCGAAUUCUGUGUUGACCAUGGAACUUCCAGUAUUGAGCACACCCUGGGGCUGGAUCUCGAGCACCGCGCAAAUGCUUCUUGGAAUCAUGCGCAUUUCCUUUCCUAUGUGGAUCAUUGCAUCUCAUCUGUUGCUACCUGCCAGCACAAAUUUGGAAACCGGGAAUGGACAAACGACACAAUUGAUGACAUUGUCCCGAUCAUUGAACGAAACUCCACUCAUAUCGAAUUUCAGGCUCUGCGGGAACUAGGUGGAAGUCUUGCUGCUAUCAUUCGUGGGGAUAAAAAUGCGCUCGAGAUACUGACGAAGGACAACAUGCUCGCCGAAAUUUACGCCCACUCGCUCGGGAUUGAGGUUUACUUGGAUGAGGUUGCUCGGAUUGCUCAUCAGAUCAGUCAUAGAUACCCCCAUCUUAACGUUCUGGAAAUUGGAGCUGGCGCUGGUGGUACAUCAGAACGUGUCAUGAGUGCAAUGGGGUCGGCUUUCGCUUCCUACACAUACUCGGAUAUCCUAGACACCCAGUUUGACGCCGCACGUGAAAGACUUUCAGAUCACCAGACCAAGAUGGCGUUCAAAUUGUUGGACAUCGAGAGAGACCUUGGAGAACAAGACUUCCAAGAGGCCUGUUUCGAUCUCGUGAUUGCCCCCAUGGCUUUGUAUGUGACCAAGAAUCUUGACGCAACGCUGGCAAAUGUACGCAAGCUCCUUAAGCCUGGUGGAUAUCUCAUUAUGCUUGAGAUCACAAACCCCGACGUGAUGCGAUUUGGGCUCAUUCUCGGAACUCUGCCUGGAUGGUGGCUGGGCUUUGAAGAGGGCCGAACACUGUCUCCAUGCAUUUCAACAGACAAGUGGGAAACGUUGUUGAAACAAGCCGGAUUUUCAGCAUUCGAGGCGCUUGCGCCGUGCUCACAGACCUCGCCCGUGCCAUUUUCUGUCAUGGUCACUCAAGCGGUGGAUCAUCGUGUUAACUUUAUCCGUGAUCCACUCGCUUCGAGUCAUCAACCGCUUGAUGUUGACGCUCUGACAAUCAUCGGGGGUAAAACUUCAUUAACAUCUAAACUCAUUGCAGAUAUUACAGUCGCUGUUCGUCGCCACUACAGCAAUGUCCAUACUGUCAGUUCACUAAGUGAUCUCGCACUGAAGAAACUUCCCGUCAUGGGUACCGUCGUCAGCUUGAUUGAACUUGAUGAGCCUGUUUUCAAGCAAAUCUCUGCCGAGGACUUGAACUCGUUCAAAGAGCUCUUCAAACAAAGCAAAAAUGUACUUUGGCUAGGACACGGGGCACAAGGCGACAAUCCAUAUGCGAACAUGUUCACCGGAGUCCAACGUACGUUGGUAAUUGAGAUGACUCAUCUUCACAUUCACUUCCUCAACUUGCAUUCGCUGGCUGAGGCAGACGGUAACAUUAUCGCAACCAAACUCCUCCAUCUUGAAGCCGCUGAGAUAUGGGAUCAGAAUGGUCAGCUCGAUGAUAUCCUCUGGUCCAACGAGGGGGAGCUUUUAUUGAAGAGUGGUCAAUUUCAAGUGCCACGGUUCCGUCUCAACACAAUUCGAAACGAUCGAUACAACUCUUCAAAGCGAUUGAUUACUAAAGAAGUCCCACGCUCCAAGGCUACCGUGUCCGUUCAACCAACAAAGCUGGGGUACCUGGUUGAGGAGCAAGAUAUUCAUUCAUCGCCUCCUUUCCAAAAUCACGUUGAAGUACACGUCACACAUUCUUUGUUACGUGCCCCGAAGGUUACCGAAAGCAGCAGUCUCUUCUUGGUGGCCGGCAAAAACGCACAGACUAACGAGUACGUUGUUGCUUUGUCCAACAGCUUGGGGUCCCGCGUCUACGCACCACGUGGGCUGGUGGCUCAAUGUGGAGAUACGGAAGAACAUGGAAUUCGUUCUCUUCUCACACUCUAUCUCCACUUCCUCGCCCUCUCCAUCUUCCACAAAACCCAAGCCGGGCAGACGUUGGGUGUACUCAACCCCGAUUUCUCUCUUGCCCCCCUUUUGACAAAAUAUGCUACGGAAAGAGGUGUGCAACUUGUGCUUUUGACAACACGGGAGGGACAUUGCUCCUGGCCAUGGAUUCGGAUUCACCCGAAUUCCACCAGACGUGAGCUUCUGGGGAAAUUGCCCCGCAACCUCGCUCGUCUUGUGGCAAUGGGCGGAAUGGGCGGAAUGGAUGAAGUCCUAUCUGUCUUGAAAUGUUGCUUUGAACCAAAUUGUCAGUUUGAAACUGAGGCUUCCUUGACUGCGGAUGUUCCCCCGUCUGAAUACAUGUCGGACAUGGCUCAGAUUACCAUGCAAUUCCAAAAUUCAUGGAGGAGGACCCAGUACGACUUAUUGCCUGUUGAUUUGCUAAGAUUUGCAUCUUUCCGACUGAAUGAUCUCAUCCGUGCCAACGCGCCAUUCGCGGCCCAAUCACUAAUUACAUGGGGCCAGUCGACCCUUGCCGUUCAGGUACAACCAGCAACCAAGCAUGUCAAGUUCUCUAAGGACAAAACAUACUGGCUAGUUGGACUGACUGGUGGACUUGGUCUAUCCCUUUGCCAAUGGAUGAGUCGACAGGGAGCACGUUUCAUUGCCAUAUCCAGUCGAAACCCAAAAAUCGAUGACCAGUGGCUAGCACGGAUGGCUGCUGGUGGAUGCACUGUUCGUGUUUUUUCCAAUGAUAUCACCAACCGCGACUCGGUUCAAGCAACAUAUCGCCGUAUCAGUGAGACGAUGCCUCCGAUUGCCGGAGUUGCGCAAGGCGCCAUGGUUCUACAAGACACAAUGUUCAUAGAUCUUGAUCUUCCACGCCUAGACAAGGUUUUGAACCCCAAGGUAGAGGGAAGCAUCUUGCUAGACGAACUUUUCCCCGAAAACACUUUGGACUUCAUGAUAUUUUUCUCAUCCAUGGCUGCUAUGACUGGAAAUCCCGGACAGGUGGCCUAUAAUGCCGCAAAUAUGUUCAUGGCAAGUUUAGCUGCACAACGCCGAAAGCGUGGCUUGGCUGGCCACGCAAUCAAUAUCGGGGCUAUCGUUGGCAACGGUUAUGUGACGCGAGAACUGAACAUGGGCCAGCAAUCUUACCUCUACAGAGUCGGACAUUCAUGGAUGUCCGAGCAGGACUUCCACGAAGUAUUUGCAGAAGGCGUUCUGUCUUGUUUGGAUAGAGUUGGGAGUGCUGAACUGUGCUGUGGCCUCAGAAUAGAUGAUGAUGAGUCCAAAAUCUGGGUCUCGAAUCCCAUGUUCCAGCACCUUGUCUACAAGUCGAGCAGUCUGGUUGUCGCGGAUAAGAAAGGCAAAGCUGGAGUCCUGGUCAAAACACGUCUUUUUGAAGCUACCACGUCCAAGGAGAUAGACGAGAUCUUGCAAGAUGGAUUUAUUUUGAAGCUUCAGUCAGCUUUGCAAGCAGAUCCCAAUAAGCCUAUGCUGGACAUGAGUCCAGAUGAGCUCGGAGUUGAUUCUUUGGUUGCAGUUGAUCUCCGCUCAUGGUUCCUCAAAGAGCUUGGUGUGGACAUGCCGGUGCUGAAAAUAUUCAAUGCUGCAUCAGUUCGAGAGCUGCUAGCCACAGCCGCAGAAGCCCUUCCGUCGACUUCAGUGCCAAACCUCAACACCACCGAGCAACCCGCUCAAAAUCUGACUCAGCCAGCUCUUCCAUCUAUAGAGGGGCAGGGCUCUACAGGUGGCCUUGUCGGUGAUGCAGCAGAAAUUGCGACGAAAGAUCACAUGCACAGUGACCGAUUUGCACUUCCCGAUGCAACCAACGCGUAUAGUGCGAGCUCUGUUGCUUCUCUGAACGCCGAUGAUUCAAAUUCAGAAAACAACGAGGAUACGUCCUCGUCGAUCUCCAGCGACCUCAACGAGCUAGAAGCACCCAAACGGGAGAUUGCGAGAAUAGUCCCAAUGUCAUAUGGACAGUCACGAUUUUGGUUCCUCAAACAUCUUGUGGAAAGCAAGACUGCUUUCAAUAUCACUCCAUCUUUCAAACUUUCAGGACGGCUCAAAGUGAUGGAGUUUGCGAAGGCCAUAGAGUUGGCUGGACAAAAUCAUGAGGCCUUGCGGACUUUCUUUUUCACUGAUGACCAACGCAAUCAUAUGCAAGGCGUUUGGGCUAAGUCAACUCUGCGAUUGGAGCACACCCACAUCACAGCGGAGAGCGAGGUCAAUGUGAUCAUCAAGCAGAUGAAAGACCACGUGUUCAAUCUUUCAGACGGUGAAAUUAUGCGUGUUCACUUGCUUUCGCUUGACCCCGAGACCCAUUGGGCGGUCUUUGGCUUCCAUCACAUCAAUAUGGAUGGUAUUAGCUUUGAGACAUUCUGGUCAGACGUGGAAAAGGCAUAUCAGGGCCAACAACUCUCAGCAGAAGGAAUUCAAUAUCCAGAUUUCACCGUGAGGCAGAUACAAGAACAUGCAAGUGGCGCAUGGGCCGCCGACCUGGUGUACUGGAAAUCCCAGUUCGUGGAGAUUCCAUCUGUGAUUCCAUUGCUUCCAUUUGCACUGCAAUCAGCACGGCCCAAGAUCGCGCAGUUUGGGUCUGAUACCACGUCUAUUCGUCUUAGUGCGACUGUAUCAGAAGCGAUCGAGCGUUGUUGUCGAAUGUUCAAAUCGACACCCUUCCACUUCCACCUUGCAGUAUGGCAAAUUUUCCUCUGGCGUUGGUUUGAUCUCGAACACGUUUGCAUUGGCCUAGGAGAUGGUAAUCGAACAGAGGCAGACACUAUCCGCAGUGUGGGUCUCUUCUUGAAUUUGUUGCCCAUCAAACUGUCUCGGCAGUCCGUUCAGUCUUUUGGAGAAUGUUUGAAGCAAGUUAGGGACGCUUCACAAGGAGCAUUCGCUCAUUCACGCGUGCCGUUUGAUGUGAUAUUGACAGAGCUCAACGUUCAACGCUCGGCUUCCCACAACCCUUUAUGCCAAGUCAUUUUCAACUAUCGGCCAAAAGCCGAACAGUCCAGGCAAUUUUGUGGACUUGUCGCCGAGGGUUCCCUUUUUGGUGGUGGUGAAACCUCCUUCGAUCUCGGUCUGGAUGUUGCGAAUGUGGGUGGUGGCGAAACUUUGGUCCACCUCUCUGUCCAGAAGAGUAUAUAUGGGAUAGAGCAGGCCGAAAUUUUGAUUCGAUCCUACUUGAACCUUCUACAAUCCUUUGUCCAGAACCCGGCGACCCGGGUGACAUGGCCUGAACUGCAUCCAAAAGUCGAAGUUGAGAAAGCAGUGUCAGCGGGACGAGGACCGGAGCUGAGGGAAGACUGGCCAUCUACCAUAGUCCACCGACUAGAUGAGGUCACCUUAUUGUACCCGGAUCGCGUCGCACUGAGGAGCCAAGAUAGCGAUUCCCUCACGUACAACCAGGUCCGUGAUCGAGUCGAUGUGAUUGCGACCGAGUUGUUAAGAAAUGGAGUCGGGGUCGGAACAAGAGUCGGUGUCUUUCAGACACCAGGCUCAGAUUGGAUUUGCUCUAUACUAGCCAUUUUCCGCGUCGGUGGUUCUUAUGUCCCGUUGGACAAGAAGGCUGGUCUCGAACGACUUGCGAUGAUUGCUGAAGAAACGCAGGCGCGUGUCAUCUUACUUGAUGCAAUCACCUUAACUGAUUAUGGGCAUUUACAUACUACGGCUGAACCCAUCAAUGUGGGGGACCUAGGUGGCUCUGUUGCGGGAACUGUUCCAAACAUGGCAACUUCUGGUCAAACGGCUGUUAUCAUGUAUACGAGUGGAACAACCGGGACUCCGAAGGGCAUCAAACUUCCGCAUUCGGCCUAUGUUCACCAUGCCCAAUCAGCGACGGGCCAGUGGAACCUGGGACAUGGGGUCGAGACCGUACUGCACCAAUCAUCCUACGCAUGGGACGCGUCUUUGUGGCAGAUUACGGUGUCCCUAUGUAUUGGAGCGACGAUAGUCAUUGCGUCUAACCUCACUCGAGGCGAUCCUGUCGCACUUACAGAUCUCAUCCUAUCAGAGCGGGUUACCUGUACCCUUGCUACCCCAACGGAGUAUUUAGCUUGGCUUCGCCACAACGGCGCCAGGUUGAAAACCUCGAACCUGUCGACUGCCAUAUGCGGUGGAGAGGUCUUAUCGGACGGAGUAAUUGGGGCAUUUAAGACUCUUCAAAAGCGAGAUCUGAGGCUGAUAAAUGCCUAUGGGCCAGCUGAGAUAACAUUCGCUUGCUCUGGGAAGGAGGUUGAUUACAACCAACCAACCGGUCAUGGACCCCCUGCUUGGCCUCUCUCCACCUUACCAAAUUACUCGGUAUGCAUCGUUGACCAACAGCUUAACCCUCUCCCCGUCGGAGUUCCUGGUGAAGUCAUUGUUGGGGGCGCAGGAGUUGCCCAGGGAUACCUGGAUGGCAAUAAAACCACCGAGCGCUUUUUGGAAGACAAGAAUGCCAGCGAUUUUUUUCAGCGCAAACAUUGGAAGUCAAUCUAUCGGACCGGUGAUCGAGGUAUGCUGGUAGAAAGUGGGUUGGUGCUUCUUGGUCGCAUGGAUGGCGACAAUCAAAUCAAAUUGCGAGGCAUGCGAGUCAAUCUCGAAGAGAUUGAGACUACAAUUGUCAAAGCUUCAGCUGGGGCUAUCACGCAGACAAUUGUCUCUGUUCGAUCCGACCCAGGCCCCAGCAAUGAUAAUCAAUUUCUUGUGGCUUUCGCCACAAUGGCUCAUAUUGAGCCUCUGGAAACCACAGCGCAAUUUCUACACCAUCUUCUACAGGAGCUACCUCUACCACACCACAUGCGACCAGCCGCCAUUGUUCCUGUCGAUAGCUUUCCUCAGAACACGUCGGGCAAAACAGACCGAAUCUCAGUUGAUCGAAUUGACAUUCCGCCCAUUGCGACCCAAACAUAUGACAAUUCAACUCUCUCGGUCUUCGAGACAAAGCUCCGUGAUCUUUGGCAGCAAGCCCUCCCCCAAGAACUUGCCAGCUAUCAUGCCAUCAAUUCACAAUCGGACUUUUUCCACGUCGGUGGCUCUUCCAUUGCCUUGGUAAAUCUACAAGCGCUGAUUAGAGAACAUUUUGGCGCCUCUGUGGCAUUGUAUCAACUCUUUGAAGCCAGCACUUUACACACAAUGGCUUCCAAGAUUCAAGAUCUCUCGCGCCCUCACCUCCAAAUGGAUGUAGAUUGGGAUGCAGAAGUGGAAGUGACACCUGAUAUCGUGUCACCUUUCGAUCAUGGUGAUGUCAGAACCAUUCCUUCUGGGGUAGGGGUUGUCUUGCUUACAGGAUCAACGGGGUUCCUUGGGAAAGAAAUCCUCCGUCUUUUGUUGAAUGAUGAGCGGGUUCUUAUGGUUCAUUGUCUUGCGGUCAGGAGACGUUCCACAUCACUUCCUGACUUGUUCGGUCACCCCAAGGUGCAAUUGCACUUCGGUGAUCUUGGGGCUCCUUUAUUGGGACUUUCGGGCGCUGAAGCCAAUUCCAUCUUCUCUCGUGCAGAUAUGAUCAUUCACAAUGGGGCCGACGUAUCGUUCAUGAAAUCCUAUCAUACCCUCAAGCUUAUCAAUGUCGCAUCGACCAGAGAACUCGCGAAACUCGCCUUGCCUCGCCGGAUCCCAUUCCACUUCAUCUCUUCCGCCGGUGUGGCCCGUCUUGCAGGCCAGGAAAGUUUUGGUGAGGUUUCAGUCUCAUCAUUCCGUCCCUCGUCCCCACCCUCGGAUGGUUAUAUUGCUGCUAAGUGGGCGAGCGAGGUCUUCUUGGAAAACCUGAAUCGAGAUUACUCUCUCCCUGUCUGGAUCCACCGUCCAUCAAGCAUUACCGGAACCGAUGCACCUGAGCUGGAUUUGAUGGGUAACGUCAUGCGCUACGCCAAGGAGACACAGAAACUACCAGACUCGAGCUUGUGGACUGGAGUCUUUGACCUCAUAUCCGUGGAGUCAGCCGCUAGUCAACUCUUGGAAAUUGUCUACCAGUCCGGUCUGUCUGAAGCACGAGCAAAUCAUGUGACAUAUAUUUAUGAGUCUGGCGAGAUGGAGAUCGGGCGUGAUGAAAUUAUGCCUCUUCUGGAGUCUGGGACUGGUCUAGGAUUCCAGAUCGUUGCACUUGAAGACUGGGUUCUUGCGGCAGAAGAAGCGGGAAUGAGUCCCUUGCUGGGAGAAUAUCUGCGCAGAGCAUCAGAUGGGCAAGUUCUGCUCCCGAGGUUGCUGAGAGGAAUCACUACCUCUCGACAUGAAUAA